GCUUUUCUGUUGUGUCCCCUACUACAAAACCUGUCAAUUGUGGCUAGAAUGGAAAUAUGGCUGUAAAGUAACCAAUGACCCUUUGUUUCAAUCGCAAUGUUUUCGAAUGAAAAGUACAAUAAAAAUAGUUGAAGGGCAAGAAAUUAGUACAAAUUUAGAAUAGAAGAAUGUGUGUGAUAUGAAAAUUUGAAGUGUUUUGGUUUUGAUGGUGUGGUGUGAAUCAACGAGGGAUACUCGAAGCAAGAGGGGUGAAAUUUCGUGAAUCGGAGAGUGGUGAAAAUCAAGUCAAGUGGCGUGUUGCAUCGAAGAAGCAAUAAUUGCAUUGGCCGGUGAAUGGAUUUGUGGCCACGGUGCUUUUACGGAUACGGGUGCUCGGGCUCGCUCUAAUGGUUGGCCAUCAACCUCUUGGAGAGUUAACAUUGCCCUAGAGAUGUCUAGUGCUGUUGUGGUAAAUUCUGUGAAAAUGCCGAUGUCUAAAACACAGUUAUUUCCUAUUUCAUCACAUUCUUAUAUUCAAGAAGGCGGUGGAGGAAGUUUACCACCUUUAAACAAAGGUUCACUUAAAGAACAGAGCCCUCCUGCUGCCUCCACAGCUUCUUCAGCAAAUUCCGCUGGUCUUCCAGAGCUAUCAGUUGGGGGCACUUGUGUUCUCCAGUGUAUGCAGUCCCAUCUAACAAGAGGUGUAUCUUUAUCCCAAGUCAAGACUUCAGCUAAUCCAGUUACAACAACAGAAUGCAAACCUAAAACAAUGGUCGCAACGCCAGAACAGGUUAUGAAAUUGUACAUAAAUAAACUAACACCUUAUGAACAUCAUGAGAUAUUCAACUAUCCUCAAGUAUAUUUUAUUGGUGCCAAUGCAAAGAAAAGGCCUGGUAUUAUUGGCAAUCCAAAUAACUGUGAUUAUGACAAUGAUCAAGGCUCCUAUAUACACAUUCCCCAUGACCAUGUAGCCUAUAGAUAUGAGGUUCUUAAAGUGAUAGGCAAAGGCUCUUUUGGACAGGUGGUUAAGGCUUAUGAUCAUAAAAAUCAUAUGCAUGUGGCACUAAAGAUGGUGAGAAAUGAAAAAAGAUUUCAUAGACAAGCACAAGAAGAAGUCCGUAUUUUAGAACAUUUGAGGAAACAAGAUAAAGAUAACACUAUGAAUAUUAUACACAUGUUAGAUUCAUUCACAUUCAGAAAUCACAUGUGCAUUACAUUUGAACUACUUUCUAUCAAUCUUUAUGAACUUAUCAAAAAGAACAAAUUUCAAGGUUUUAGUUUGCAGCUUGUUAGAAAAUUUAGCCAUUCAUUACUUCAAUGUUUGGAUGCUCUUAAUAGGAAUAAAAUCAUCCAUUGCGAUAUGAAACCAGAAAAUGUAUUACUUAAACAACAGGGCAGAAGUGGUCUCAAGGUGAUCGAUUUUGGUUCUUCAUGUUACGAGCAAAAUCGAGUGUACACGUACAUUCAGUCGAGAUUUUACCGGGCUCCAGAGGUAAUUUUAGGAGCACGGUAUGGUAUGCCAAUUGAUAUGUGGUCACUGGGUUGUAUUUUAGCCGAACUUUUGACCGGUUUUCCUCUCCUGCCAGGAGAAGAUGAAGCCGAUCAACUAGCUUGUAUAAUGGAACUCCUAGGUUUGCCUCCACAGAGAUUAUUAGACCAAUCAAAACGUGCAAAAAACUUUAUUAGUUCCAAGGGUAUUCCUCGAUAUUGUACAUGUUCGACACUACCAGAUGGUACAGUUAUUUUAAGUGGUGGAUUAAGUAGGAGAGGUAAACCUAGGGGUCCACCAGGUUCAAAAGACUUGAAACGGGCGUUAAAAGGAUGCGAUGACCCUUUGUUUCUCGAUUUUAUACAACGAUGUUUAGAAUGGGAUCCAGACCUUAGGAUGACACCCAGUGCUGCGCUGAGACAUGGUUGGCUUAGAAGAAGACUACCGAGACCUCCAAAUGAAAAGGAACAGAACAGUGCGGGGGUUGUUAGAUCAACACCUACAGGACCUAGAACCCCUAAAUCGACUGGAAUUUUUUCAAGUAAUCGUGUUCAACUUAAUGAUGACAGAUCGUCAACUCUACAUUCGGGCAAAUUACCACCAGUCACGUAGCCAAACGUCAUCCUUCCUUAGUUCUCUCAUCCAGGUUAGAAAUUAAAUUUAGGUUUAUAUCGGAAGUAUAUAUUUUACAUCAGUUAUUCCAACUGACUAAAUGCUGAAUCAAUUACUAUUUUUUUUAGAUAAUUGUUUGUCCAACUUUAUAAUUUUUUGCAUUUCUUCAUACGCUGAUGCAUAUUUUUUUUCAAGGCCAAUUAUAUGUAUUUCAAAAAAUUAAUAUUUCUAAUUAGCUUAUGUAACAAAAAAUUUUAAUUAUUACUAAAACCUAUGACCUACAGGAUUAAUUUUAACUGAAUUUUUUAUUACAUUUAAUUUAAGAUAUUCAAGUAUUGAGACAAGUAAAACAUUAAAUCUAACAAAUAAUAUAUAAUUUCUAGGUGUAAUACUUUUUCAUUUUAUUUACAAUCAAGUCUGUAUCAUUCAUUUUUAAUCGGUACUCAAUAACAUUAAUAUGUUUUUUGGUUCAUUGGAGCUGAAGGAAUUGAGUCUAGAGAGAUAUAUUCGUUGGAUAAAAUUUGGUAGGAUAACGAAAAUUUUUAUAGGAGGAUUUGUUCUGCUGAGUCCUGAUCUAGAAAUUGCUCCUCUGCAGUGCUGGGUGUUGAGUGUCAGAGGUACCUCUUCAUAUAUCAAAGUUGAUAAUAAUUGCACUCUUAUUUUAUAUGUAGACCAUCAGCUCUCUAUAACCUCUAAUGAUUUCCAUUAUUCAUUCAUUCAUAUUUCUGCUUCGUUAGCUUUUGCAUAAAGGAUUCAUAUAAUGUUCUCUACCCUUUAUUUGCAUUAUUAUCUGGAGAUUCCACUAUUUUGAAAUAUCUUAUUAUUUCAUUAACAGUUUAUAUAUGUGAAUAUUCAAGGACUUAACUAAAUUACUUUUUUAUAAUAAAUUGAAUCCUCUAUACAGUAGAAUGAUUAAAAUAUGUACAUAAACUUUUAUUACUGCUAUAAUAGUAAAUUAAAAUUUUUUCUUUCAAUCAGCAUUGAAUAAUUCUAUCAUAUUUUUUUUGUAAAAUGUUUUUACUACCUUUUUCUAUUUCACACUUUCUACAGUGUGGCUCAAAUUUUUAACUGUCCAAUUUAUUUAAUGGCACAAAUUGAAAAUUUGUUGUGCUUUAACUGAGUAUACCGAAAAAAACAUCUAUAAUAAAACAUAAAUUUUUCUUGACCUUGUGGUUAUGUUUUCACAGCUUGGUUGAUUUGAAACUCCUUAGAUUUUUAUCCAGUUUUUAGAAUCAGUUGAGAUAAUUUGAAUUAAUUUAAAAUCACAUCUAUUUUCAUUUCUUAGCAUUUUCAUUUUAUUUUUUAUGUAAUUAGUUGAAACUCUAAUCCAAAUCUAGCUACCCUGUGGCCUGAAAGUUUUUAUUCGUCUUCCUUUAGUGAUCUUUAAUAUAAUGUUUUAUUGUCUCAAAUCAUAUUUAUCGAUAACAGAAAUAUGGACAAAAAAUACAGUUAACAAUAUGCUUAGUGGUUUUGAAAUAUGACUGAAACCAUUGUUUUGAAAAAUAAUUGCAUCAUGUUUAAAAGAAAUCGAGUCAGUUGGUAGAAAUUAUUGUGUAUACAUUACUUAGCUUGUAAUGCGUGUUUUGGAUAAGCCCUUAGGCCUCGGUCCGUCUAUCCUCCGGAUAAAUAUUCGUACUUUUAGAAUAUUGUGAUUUGAUUUUCAUUUUCAAUUUGUUUCUCAAUGAUUUCCUUCAUGGUAACGACGUGCAAUAAUCCGAUUUUAAACAGAAAUUGAUUAUUCUGCUAACGUGUUUUUGUUGAAUAUAUUUAUGAUAUCCCCUAAUGGGUCAUACUUCAAAAACCAGAAUACAUACAUUUAAAAAAUAUUAAAACUGAAAACUGAUACAACUCUAGUUUGUACAGUAUUUCUGUCCUUGAAUAAUUAAUAUAAUUUCUAUUAAUAAAUGUUCAUAGCUAAGACAUUUUAUUUUAAGUUUAAACACAACUCUUUUCAUCAUGGUUUAUAGUUGUUUCUAGUAAACUCAAGAUAUUUAAAAUAUUGAGCCGGAUAUAUUGCCAAUAAUGUUAAAUAUUUUAAUCUUUUGGUGACAAAUAAAAAUAAUUCUUUGAAUAUAUAUAAAUUGCAACUUUUAGAUGCAUUUUAAAUUUUGACAAUAUUCUCUUUGAAUUCAAAUUUAUGACGUUUUCGAAUUUUGAUUUUCUCGGAACUGGCAUUAUUGGGCAUAAUUUGUCUCAUUAAUGAUAUAAUUAAUAAUUUCAUUUUACCUUUUAUUAAUAAAGUGCAUUUCCAUCUUUUACAAUUUGGUAUGAGAUACAAAUAAAAUAUUUCAUGCUUCCAAAAUAGUAGAAACAUAUUUCGUCACUUGAGAUCAGAACUAGCCAAUGUCACAUAUAAACGAAAAACCUUUUGAAGUAUAUUACUCUAAUUUAAAUCCAAUCGUCAUUGGGGGGGCUAAAACAAAAUAGUAUAUAACACACUUUACCUAUUAUAUAGUUUUUAAAAACUAAUGGACAUAGGCUACCUAACGCAAGUUGGAUACAUAUUCUAUGUCCAUCACUAUAAGAUACUGGGGAUUUGGUCUGGAUUUGGAAAUACAUUGGACAUAGAAUAGUUCAUAGUUUUAAUUUUUAACAUUUGGACUAUGUAAAGUUUAAUUUUUAAACGCCUAAGACUAUAAAAGAAAAACAAAACAUAAUUGCAAAGAACAUUUUAAUCACUAAUUAAUAACACCAUUGUAUAAUACAAACAAUUUUUCAAAAAAUAGGUAAAUUCAAGGUGCUAAAUUAGUUUUUUAAUAAUAGUAAUAAAUACAAAGAAAAAUUAUGCGUACAACAUUUAUAUUUAAAAACGAUACCGUGAGGCCUGCAAGAUAUUAAGGAAAAAGAAAUAUAGUUACAGAAAUAUUAACACAACUUUUUUCAAAUGAUGCCUAAUUAAUACAAAAAAAACGCCAAGUCCUCCAAAAUAAACAGGACAUGGAAAAGAGACAAUGACCAUUAUUCGCUAUCAGAAUCAUAAUUCUGUUCUGCUUGCUUACAAAAUGGUAGAUUCCGAAAGAACUCAUGAUAUGACUUACCAAUAAUACCCUUUUCACAAAGGAAUAUCAAAUGAUCGUAUUUUUUUUUGGUAAGUGGGGUAGGUUUGUUAUACAAUGUCUUUAAUUUGUAUUCAUGGGUAACGCUUUUCAUUUUUUUUCUACCCUUCUCUAGCAGAUUUAAAAUUAUAAAUGACUCUUGUCCUCUUCCGGAGGUAAUAUCAAGUUUGUACUAUUGGUCAUUAACGCUUCAAGUACUAAAGGUCUCUUAAUUUUAGCUGAAUUCUGCAACGUUACUUUUACUUUUGAACCUGAAAACAACACACUGUUUAUUUUCUCUCCUACAUUAUACUUUUCAUAUGAAGAAAAAUAUACAUAUUACUUGCUAAGAAAAUAAUAAAGAGGGUAGAGGGAAUAAUUUUGAAUGAGAAUUGUUUAAGUGUAGCAAUAAUGAUCCAGAUAACGUUAAAACUUCGUCGUAGAAUCUAUCAAUACGAGUACAAGAUUACAUAUUUUUGACAUAAUUAUCAUGAUGAAGUAUCUAAUGUUAUCAAAAUCAUCUUUUUUCUCAAAAAUGUAAUACAAUAACUAAUUAGCUAUUAGAUAGCUUCAUUAAUAACAACGAAAAUUUACAGAGUACAUACCUAUUUUUUCUGCCGGUUCUGAAUAAUUAUUUUGAAUUGCAUCAAAAAUUUUUCGUGUUCUUGCGUUAUACAUCUUUUUCUAGUGUGUUUAAAACUGCACAAUUACGUAAUACACAGAACGUCCGCUACCAAUUUUUGAGAGUCUAAACUUGUUGAGUCAGAAAGUCCGUUUAAACUGUUGCACUCUAAUAUCGCAUGUUUAUUAGAACUAUCUUAUGUCCACCGUUCGAAGAUACAUAGACUAUCAGUGGCACUUAGGCUUCUUCUGCACCAAAUAUUAUAUCGUUGUGUGACAUAGACUUCUAACCAAUAUUAGCUUUGUGAGCCGAUCGAGCGCUCUGCAGUUAGACUACUUCUGCACUGAACGCUGGAGUAUGGUGGCGCUAGAAGCUAAUUUCGAGAAAUUUUGGACAUAGACUAGUUCUGAUCUGAAGUGACGAUUUGUCUUUAUUUAACCACACUUAUUCAUUAUUAAUUUUAUUAAAAAAUAUGAUCAAACACAACAAAUCCGAGUUUAGAAUAAGAUUUAUAAAAAGACACCCUUAAGCUACUGUAAUAAUAUUAUUUUGUACAAAUUAUUUUCAUUGUAACAUAAAACUAUAUUUUGGUCUUUAAAUGGUUCGUUGAACGAUGGGAUAAGAAAACUUUAGAUAUUAAAAAUUAUAUUUUAGUAAGAUAAAUGACAAUUUUUUUUUCUUCAAAAUAACUUGAACAAAUUAAAAUUAAAAUAAUUAAAUUCUUCAUUGUGAUGACUGAAUUUUAGUAUUAAAAUAACUUAAUCUACAAAUUAAUGAGAUAUCAUGUUUGUACAAAAUCUCAUAAACUAAAUUUAUAUGAAAAAUUAGAAAUUUUAAUUAUUUUUGAAUCGUCAACUAUUAUUUUUCAUAACAGGACAUAAAGUGUCCUGCAUCUGUUUGUUCCUGUCACAUACUCUCAGAUUUAGCAUAUCUUAUACAAUUUUAUCUUCCCAUCUAUUUUUUUUUUGGUCUACCAGACAAUCUUUUCUCGUUCGGUCUCCAUUCUGUGAUUUUCUUUCCUUGUACCCUUUUUCCAUUUUUUUAAUGCACAAUGAGAAUUCUUAAUUUUGUUUCUAUAUCCUCAUUUUCUAAUAUAUCCUUAAUUUUAUAGUUCAUAAGUCCUGUUUUCCCAUUAUUUUCAAAUUUCACUGGUCCAUGAAUUUUUCUAAUUAUUCUCCUCUCAUAUAUCCUUAGUUGUUCUUUGUGUAUAUUUGUAAGUCUCAUAGUUUCAGUGGCGUAUGUAACUACUGGUUCUAUCACAGUCUUUUAAUUUAGUUGUUCAGCUUAUCCUCUUGCUCUGAAUCAUAAUUUUGUAUUAACAUCCCUCAUGAAUUCUUUGUCUUGUCUCGUUCUUUGUGUCAUUUCUCUAGCUUAUCAUUGUGGUUUUGACUAUAUUGAAGAUGAGGUCACUUAUCUUUAUACUUUUUCUUGUUUGUGAACUUCCUUUCAAUUUCCAUAUAUUUUGUAUUUUCCUCAUUUAUUUUCAAUAAUCUUUUUCCUACUUCUCUUCACAUUUUUUCCUUAAGUGUAUUCAAGACAAUUUUCAGUUCCUUGCUAAUAAAAUAAACCAUCAAUAUUUGCUUUACUUGUACUGAUUUAUUAAUGAUACUUCUAUUGAUAUUACAUACCUUCAACUUCCAAUGUUAAACAAUACUGCUGAGAGUCCAUCCUUACCCCAUCACUUAUUAAAAAUUCCUCAAAUGAUUCGUUUUUUGUUAUUGCCCCAGUUUUGAGGGCACUUGUAAUAAUUAUAGAUACAAUUAUUAAAAACUAAUUAAAUAAAUUAAAAUAUUUGGAUAUAUUAUAGGAUAUUGUGGCUUAAUUAUAUGCGACUAAUAAUCUAUUGAAGCUGCAAUUCUUCCACAAUAGUAUUUGACCCAAAAUUAGAAGCAUCAAUUUGUAGAAAAUAAGAUCUUAACAUGUGGUCGAAGCAAACCACAGCCACUUCAUUGGUUUCUUGUAUUUUUUACAUAUUGGUAGUAUGUAAAUGGAAAAUUUGUAUAAAAUGAUAUUAAGAGUAGAUUGUAAGAUUCAUUUAAAUACGUAGAGAUAUUUUCAAAGAUUUCUUUGAAUUAUGAAGCUCUAAUCGCAUAUGUUUUUUCUAUGAUUAAUGUAAAAAUAAAAAUACGAAGAAGGGGGAUAUCAUUUAUAAUUCUUAUUUUUAUAUACAUAUAUAUGUGUAUAUAUUUUUAUUAUAUUUGGAUUUUUUUUUACUUUAAUAAGCUUGGUUAUUUUUUUAUUUUAUCGUCUAUUCAUUCAUAUUAUUAACAAAUUGCGAAAUUUCAUAAAAAUAUAGAAAUUCCUAUAAUUUGAGUAUAUUUUGAGCAAAUUUUUGCCCAUAUCUCCCUUAUUUUUUACUAAUCCUGAAUUUAUAUUAAUCAUAUUUGCUUGAGAUUGUCAUUUUGUAACGUCAAAGGAUUAUUAAGAAAUAUUGAUUUGUCAGAACUUACUCAGAAUCCUAAUAUACAGGGGAAUCUAGGAAAUUAUAAAAUGAAACAGUUCACGUCAAAAUUGUCAUAAAUUUUUGACAAUGCUUUUUUUAAAGAUUAAAAGGAAAAAAAAGUUUUUAAUUAUAAUAUAUGAAGCAUAUGUAAAAAAAUGUAAUCUCUGAAAAAACUAGGGGUAGCUUAUGGUAGUAGUUAAACUGCUUACUGGUCACAGUAAUAGUAAUAUUUAAUCAAUUCUGUUCUGUAGAACUGAAGUAUAAACGAAAAAUAAAAUGAACGUUGUAGUUUAUAUGCUGUAGAUAUUUUCCUUGUAUACUUACUAAUUUUUGACUUCUAACAUAAGGGUCUUUAGGCAUUAUUUUUAUCCCAAUUAUUAGCAACAUAUUUUCAUUCCCCCUGUAUUACAAUUAAAUUAUAAAAUUUGCAAUUUGAUCUUACUAUGAAUGAAAAUCGAUAUUUCAAAAAAAACCUGCUUAGUACCUACACAAUUUUUUUUAAAUAUUCUACUGUCUUUUAUCUGUAUUUUUUUCACAAAUAAUUGAUUUCUUCCAUUAUUCAUCGUAAUAUUUCCAAAUCGUAUAUGUAGGUUGUCCCGAAAUGGUAAAUUAUAUUAUACUAAGGAAUAGGACGAAUUUAAAUUCUUUUAGUAUUUUUAUACAAGGAGAACGUUUGUUAAGGUAACCUAACAAACUUUGAAAGUGUAGGAAACUUCUAUGUGGAUAUUUUUAUUUUUCGGCUUGUUAUACAAAUUUAUCCCCACCCUGUGUUAGUAUAUUUUGAAAAUGAUAGUUUAGUAUUCACGGCAAAAGUGAAGAAUAAUUCAAAAAGUACCCAGGCAAAAUGAAAGUUAUUGAAUUUACUACCUUAUUUAAACAAAAUUAUCGAAUAAAAAUAGUAAACCAAAACGCCAAAGCUGGGCAUUUACCAGGACCGCACUCCGCACUUAAGAAAUUAUUUGCGGGUUUCAAACAGCAUAAUAAUUAUGAAUAAUUAUUAUUACAAAAAUAUACAAUGUUACCGUGAAGUUUGGAAUAGAUACAAAGUGAACGGCAAAAAUAUGGAACACAUUCACUUGAAAAUUCAGGUAUUAAUAUUAAAAUUUCUACUUUUUCCAAUGAUUAUACACUGUGGACAAAAAGUUUCCAGAUAAAAUGAAAAUUUAUUAGAAUAAUAAUUAUUAAAAGUAAAAUAAAUCAAGUUAAAACAAUUUUACGAUUAAAACUAUGAACAUAUUUUGUCUUUCAUUUUAUACUGCUACACUUUCUUUUCAUCAAAGAAACCGCCUCUGGCCGCCACUAAUUUUCUAACCACACGUGACAUUCUUUUUGGCAAGACGUUUGAAGAGCAUUCCAAAUUUCAUCCAAAGAAGUGGGAUUCAAUUUUUUAACUUUCCGAUCCAGUUCAUUCCACAAUAGUUCUUUUGGAUUUAGAUCCGGAGAUUGUGGGGGCCAUUUCAUUAUUUCAAACUCACCACUAUCUUCUUUAUUUUCUAAAUAGUUGAAACACAGUUUAGAUGUGUGCUUUGGGUCAUUAUCUUGCUGAAACACAUACCUACGGCCAAUUAGACGCAUCCUAGCAGGGUUAAUCUCAAUAAACAAAUUUCUUAUUCCCCAUCAGAUGACAUUGAGCUCAACCUGCACAUCAAUGACAAUGGUCUAUAUUCCACAUUUUGGUUUCAACCUUGAACACUUGAAGAAUAUACUUUCGAGAUAUUUGCCGUUUUGGAAAUAAUAUCAUCAACAGUUUUAUGAUUUUCAUUUUUAUAAAUAUUCAUUAUUUGAAUGAAGCUUUUUAGUUCUCUUAGGCGGAGUAUAGCUAAUGUCAACAACUUCAUAAGCUGUAUCAAUGUUUAAAAAAAUUACGCAAUAGAAAAAUAUAAACACUAUCAUUGAAGUACGAUAAUACGAUGCCGUCCCUAUACCACAAUUAAUCUAACGGCUUUCUCAGUGACGCGGCGCUAGCCCCUCCCAAGCGGCUUUUUAUUAUUGGUGCAUUAUGGUGCCACUGAUUUGUGCCUAUAACCAUACCACGCCGCGUUUCGCCUGGGUUGUUCACGUAUUGAUCACGCACUGAUCAUUGUUUUGGUCUACUAUUUUUCCUUGAUAAAUAGACUUUAGUUGCUUCUUAAUUGGUAGAUAUAAUUAAUUAAUUCUCAUCUUUAGCUAAUCAGUAUCAAAAGUAAAUCGGUGUUUACAGUAAUGAACAAGAUAAAAGUAGUAAAAAAUAUAUUUUCGUUUAUUGAUGUCAAGAUUUAACACAUACUGUUCUCAGACUCAGACGGCAUAAGGUACGAGAUAAAAAUAAUUACAUUGUAGGGUCCUCCACGGGAAACGGAUGUUUUUCAAAUGGACCACACUCCACUAUUUUUAAGUUUAAAAAUAGUUUAUUGGCACAUUGCACGUGCAAUUUGAUUAACCUAUUUACGAAAAAUAAUAUUAAGAUGGUGUCCAUUAUUACGCUGACAAAUGUGGAGACGCUCUCUGAAGUUAGCUUCCACUCUCUCCAAUAGUUGAAGAUCGAUCUGAGCGACGUUCUGCUCUAUAGCUUGUCGCAGUUCGCCCGACGUAAGAGGCUUGUUUUCAUAUACACGAGACUUUAGAAAUCCCCACAAGAAAUAAUCACACAUCGAAAGGUAUGGAGAACGAGGGGACCAAAGCAGAUCACCGAAUCUAGAGAUAAUGCGAUUAGGGAACAUUUGUCUAACUACAGCCAUUUACACUCGGGCAGUAGCCUCCAUGUUGUUGAAAAUAAACAUCUGGCAGAUUGAUCCGUCGUCGUCUCAGUUCAGUUUCAAGAAGUUGGUUACUAUAUUUACGUAACGAUCAGUUGUUACGGUUACUGUGUUCCCGUUUUCCUCAAAAAAGUAGGGCCCCACGAUACCAAAUUUCCGGACGCCGCACCAUACCGUAACUUUGGGGCUGUGUAAUGGUAAUUCAUGUAAUGUGAGAGUAUUUUCACAGGCCCAGUAUCGGAAGUUUUAAAGUUUCAUAACACCAUUGAGAUGAAAAUGAGCCUCGUCGCUCAUUAUCAAAAUCGCAUUAGCUUCAUCUUCCAGAAUUCGGAGCAUCGCUUCAGCAAAAGCUGCACGUUGUGGUUAGUCACCCUCUUUCAACUGGUGCACAACUGACAUUUUGUGAGGGUGAAAACCUAAAUCUCUGUGUAGAAUUCGCCGCGCUGAACUAUCGGAUAUUCGUAGAACGGCAGCAUGCUGACAAACUGAACGUCUUGGACUAGUUAAAAUAGCCUGUCUUACACGCUCCAUGUUCUCCGGAGCUCGAACUGUGCGACGUGGUCCCGAUGGCUACCUCCAUUACGAAGUGCAUCAACCCAUCGCAAAAUGAUGUUUCGGCUCGAUAUGUCUCCAUGCCGAGGAACUUUAAACCUUCGACGAAAGCGGCGUUGAACUCUACCGGAUGCGUAAUACCAACUCAAAAAACGUUCGUUUCCCGUGACGGAUCCUGUACAAUCAAAACAGAUAAGGUAUAAAUAUGAUAUGAAUUUUUCUCCAAGAAUCUACGUAUUUUGUUACUGGUAAUCAAAUACAUUUAAUGUAUGUUACAAAAAAACUAAACUCGACAUUUGUUGGUUAUGUUUUGAAGAUUCCAAUUGGUACGAUAAGCUGUUAUACUCAGAUAAAUCUAUUUCAUACUUUCAAUUUAAAUGUUUCUUUUUGCUCCAACUUUCUCUAUUGUUUUCAAUGGUCUCGUAAUCUCCCGAAAUGUGACUAGUAUUUCCAAUUCUAUAAUGCACAAUAACCAAUAUUCACCUAAAUCAGUGAUAUUAAUAAUAUUCAAUAAGCUAUUAAUCGCCAUUUUUCGCGAAUAGAAUACUAUACUUUAUCUACAACUAUCAGGAAAAAACAAAUUUUAUUAUAUUCACCUGUCAUAUUUACGCAGUCGUUCCGCUCAUGGGCGGCGGUUCCGAAAAGCACAUCAUAGUCGAGGUUUGUCAUAUUUUGAUUUUCCUCAGUGAGUUUUUUCCGAUGCUUCUAUUUUCUUCAAUCCUCUCUAAAAGAACUUUCUGAAUAUCUAACCCAUUGUCAAGUCCCAAAUACAUAAUUUAGUUGUAUUACAUAGUUUCUGAUAAUGCUGUUGAAGAUGUUAGUCACUGGAACUAAAUAACAAAAUAAUACUUGCAAUUUUUUAGUUUAAAAUCCAUCUUACUUGUAAUCAAUAUAACCUAAAAAUCAUUUUCCAUACUGGAGAAUAGUUAAUAUUGCUUUGGAAUUGGAUUAUAUUUUUAAUUUCCAUUUGAAUGUUGCUCAAUUUUUUCUCAAUUUAUUUUUAUUUGAAUGAAUGUUCAAAUGCUAAAUAUUUAUUCAAUUGUUAAUGCAAUGCUCAAAAAUUGCUAAGGAUCAUAAGUUUUAAUGUAUUAGGCUUAUGUUAGGUUAGGUUAACAGGGUGAUCUCCACUUUUCAGACGAGAUCCACUCGGAGGCCUUAGGCCCAUUGUGAUGCCCUUGCUGACUUUCCAGUCAGCACCAUUUCACCCCCCUUCCCUAUCUCUUCCGUUGCCAGGUCCUUGCCCCCUUCCCAAGCUUUUCCAGUUUGCAAUGAAGUGAUCAGGUCCUCAAUACCCAGCUCCGCUGCCUCUUUCUCUUCACUGCAUUCUGUACAGGGAUCGUCGGUUCUGAUACCCAUUUUUCUGAGUCUAGAGCCUACUGUGCAGUGACCGGUAAUCACUGCACCCUUCGGAUCGAGGCUUUCCCAUAGCCUAGCAGUUCUGUUGUCUUCCUCUUCUGUAGCACCGGCUACAAGGAGCGUGAAAUGACACAGUCAUCUCUAUUACUCCAUCUCUUGCCGUGCUCUCCCUCUUAAUGUUCUAUCUAUCAUUUCUCAGCAAUUUGAUCGGUGGUAGUGGCAAGCCCACCGCUUCGUCCCCGCUCCUGGUCGUUCCCAAUUUGGCUAGUGAUCUCAGAGCCGCUUGGCUAUCCGUGUAGAUUGUGAUGUCACGCACCGUUUCAUCUCUGCAUCGGAUUAGUUCCGCGGUUCGUUCUAUUGCCCGCAGCUCGGCCUGCAGUAUGUUGCAGCAAUUUUCAAGCCUCAAGGAUUCCCUUAUUUCCAGAACUUCAGAGUAUUCUUCCGCUACCGUCCGUUCGUCCUUUACGGACCCGUCCGUGAAUAUCGAGUUACUUACUGUUCCUGGGUUCUCUUCCUUUCUCGUUGGUAUGAGGAUGCUCAAAUUUAUAUCAAAAGUCAGUCUGGCGGUAGUGUAGUCGGUGCAUUGUUUCGACACACCUUUGUCUACUGUAUCGGCCAUAUUCUUUAUCUCCCUUAGUAUCCUUGUGUGCACAUAGUUGGAUUGUUUCCACAGCCCAGUUUCCCUCAGUCUGGGAGCACUUUUAGCUGCUAAUCCUUUUAUGUGCAGAUCAAGUGGUGUGUAUUAGGCUUACUCUGGAUAGAAUUGAUUUUGCGAUAAAAUUUUCCAGCUUUGUAAGAAAACUUCUGGUAAAUCAUCAAUUUUGAUAUCCAGUUAUUAUACACGUUGCGGUUCAGACAUGCUGUAUGCAUUUUGCAAUACCGUGGUUCAAUCACUAUGUUUCUGCUUCUACGAACAGUCAUACCGUGAUAGAAUUUCCAACAAAACAGUUUUCGAAGCCCAUUAUAUUUCUUCCUUCAAAUCAAGAUAGUUGAUAGUCUAGUCUCCUUUAUGCCCUUAAGCCAUCCGUUACUUAAUACUCUAUUGAUGCGGCUUGAACUAUAAGCUGGGUUUUUAUUGCAGUAACUGUCUAUUCUCAACUUAAAUUGUGGUACGUUUUCGCCACCAAGAUAAACAAAAUUUUCCUGGCUUCCACAUGCAAAUGACAAAAUAAUUGGUUCAAUAAUUAUGUUUUUACUUCUCUGAGCAGUCAUUGUGACAUUGUUAAAUACGAUCUAGUCUAUAUGGCCAUUAGAACGAAUUCCACUCCAAAGUUGUUAGAACUUCCACUAAAAAUAGUUAUGAGAACCAUGAAUCGUUCAUUAUAUUUCUGGCUUCAUUCCCUUCAAACCAAGUUCGUGGACCGUGAAUAAACAUUUCCGUUGAUCAUCCAGUUGCGGUAUGUGGAUAUGGUGCACUCCUUGCAUUUAAACCCUCCACAUGUAAUCUUCUUCUAUUUUUUUGAAAUUAUUAUCAGUGGUGUUACUUAACGUCCUAUUGAUGCGAAUAAAACUUCACAUUGCGGUAACCUUUAGGUGAUCUAUUGUAUAAUUUAAUGCAUUUGAAUAGGCUCUAAACGUCUUUGAGGCAUAUUUUACAAUGAUAACCAAAACCAAGGCAAUAAACAUGAAAUUGGUUAUCAAAUUUUGGCUAAAGGUAAUACAAACAAGCAAAAAAGGACUUGCGGAAAAACAAAAAAAAAUGACUUUGAUCCCUACCAAGUUUUGGGCAGUUUAAUUAUUUUCAACGUGAUGGAUAUAUAUUUAUGAAAAAAAUUACAUUUCUGUAAUAUUAUUUAAUUUUUAAAAAUUAUAGGCCGCAAAUGUGUUGAAACAAACAAUCCUUGUCAUUUUAAACAACUGUUUAAAUACCAACAUUGUUCAUUACAUUCACAUUGGAAGUUAUAAAUAUACUUGUAGCAAUAACGGACAUAUUGAUCAUUUACGAAAAAGCUUUUAAAAGGUUUAUGUGAAUCAAAGACAAAGAAUUAAUUAAAUUGUGUACUACUAUUUUUCCAUCUCGCAAUUUUCAUGUGGCUGAUAAACUGUUCAAUAACAUCGACAACCAUUUUCAAUGUUUGAACAAAGAUCUCCAUCAAUUUGUGCAUAUCUUUACUGUCAGAACAAACUGCAUAUGAUAAACGUAUUAAUUAGAACUUAAGUUCAAUAGAGUAACAGAAAUUCUCUACAAAUUACUUUGAAAAAUAAGUAAUGUGCCUUACAACGAAUUUUACUUCUAACGGUUUUCAUUAUACAGGGUACCUUUACAGAAUUUCCACUGUUAAUCGAAUUUAAAUUCAUGUGAUGCAAAUGAUUAAUUAUAUUAAAAACUUGAUUAUUCUCUAAGAGAAUGAACCAAGUAAGUUGCAAAGUACAUUUCAAAAACCGCUGCCAUCUCUAAAUUUCAACGUUUAAUGUCUAUUUUCACGAAAUAAAGUAGUGAAUAAAAUUUGAAAAGUACCUUCGUUUAGACAUGCUACCAAUCAAGUCAUCUCUAUCAACCGAAGAUUCUUGCACCCAUGAUGUGUAAGUUAAUUUGGAGAGUGUCCCUUACAGAUCGCACCUGCGAUAAGUUCAAUCAAGCCGUACCAAAAAACGAGUUGUAGCUUCUAUCAAUUCAUGAAGAUAUGGAAGCGCAACUUUUUCCAGCACAUUGGCAUUGUAACCAGCUGUGCUUAGGUUACCGUCAAUGAAGACCAUACAUAUUGACCCCAAAUAAUUGUGUUGGAUUUUCACGUUUAACCCGCUUGAUUCUCGUAACUAAAAACAAUCUGAUGCCUUUAUGAUGACCAAGUUCGCUCUUUCAUUGCUGUUUUUUAGAUUUUAUUAGCAGAUUUCGUACUGCCUCAAUCGAUAAAUAAAAUUGUCCACGCGCGAAACAGGGAAACUCCAAGUUGAUUCCGCAAACUUCCAAUGACUGACCUUUCGAUUUAUUUAUGGUCAUCGCAAAGACUAGACGUACCUGAAAUUGUAAACGUUUUAAAUCGAAUGGUAAAUCCGUUUGAAUCAUCGGUAUAGGCGGAAUCAGACAUUCUCUCUUUUGUAUUUUCCUUUAUGAUUGUUCGCAAUCCUGACAUAGCAAUACGACUAUUUUUUUGAUCUGCCUCUCUCUGGUCAUCAGGUCUUCUUCUCAGCACCGUAAAUUGUAAUUAAUCAAAGUGAGAAAAGUUCUCGUGCACUUAGCAUUAAAGUGUUACUAUCACAAAAGAUCAACAAAAAAAGAUCACAUAACUUGGAAUGUCACAAUAACCGAAAUAAAAAAAAUUCUCGCGCACGUAGUGGUAAUCGUCACUCAUAAAGAUAGAAGGUUGCACUCUUUGUCUGAGGUAUCGAUCGACAUAUUAGUUGGUUGCCAAAUGUCAAAUAUUGUGGUUGCGUCCAGAAAUUUAAUUUGUGACAAAACAUCAAGGAAAUACAAAACUAUUGUUUUUAUUUAAUAUCGAGCGUUUUCAUAUUUAUUCACUUUUUAAACCUUCCUGGACAAAUAAUUCUAGACCAAAAUUAGCCAAAUCGGUUCAGUUGUUUCGAGUUUAUUCAACAAAAGGUUAAAAAAUAAAACUCUCACAAUUUCAAUAAUCCUUUAUUAAAAAAAUCGUGAAAGUCAGUUCUUUUACAACUAGGUGCUUGCAAAUAUAAUAUUUGAGAAACAUUGGACAAUUGCAUGUGCUGUGUAACCAAUUUGUCUUUUCUCGGGGCAUUAUUACUUCCCACUCGCUAAAAUGUUGCUCGUCAAAGGUCUCCCACGGCGUUUUAUAAUUUUUACAAUCCAAAUCUGCCCCAGUUGGAAUUCGAUCAAUUAGCUCAGAGUUGAUCUUCAGUGGCACAUUCUUCGACAGUGUUACAUCACUCAUUAUAUAGUGUGAAAGCGAAAUGGAAUGAAUUUUAGUAUUUCGGUUUGGCUGGAGCCAAUAACUGAACCUUUUAAUUGAUAUUGUUUUAGUCAUAAGAGUUCUCGCUAUUAAAUAACAAGACUUGUUACGAAUAAGGGUUUUAUUAUAAAAAUUAUUCUACAUUCGAAUGGUCCCCUUCAAAAUACUCCACUCUUCGUACCACACACCUUUCCAUACGUUUUCCCAUUCAUCGAAGCCAGUGCUGGAUGUCUUCCUUGGUGAGGGCUUCAAGAAGCUCUGUCGUUUUUUGCUCUACCGCUUCCAUCGGGUCCCUUUCAAAGCAGAUCUUUUUCUAAGCUUUCAAGGAAAUCUGAGCAGAUCCGUUGACGCAAUAGGUUUUGGUCAGGUGUCACAUUUUUUGGCACCAACUUCGCACAGGCUUCUGUCAUGUGUAAUUCCUUAUGUAAAAUUUUUCAAACCGUUUCUUUAUCGACGUCUCGGCAAUCAUCCGGAUGCUCUUUCGAUGAUCUGCACGCACAAUUUGCUUGAUUUUGGGCUCUGUUUCCGGAGUUGAAACAGUUACGGAGUGAACUUGGCGCUGAUCAUUUUCAUUGCUCUCUCGGUCCUCACUAAAGCGGUUAUACCACUCAAAAACACGCGCACGUGAUAGAGAAUUGUCCCCAUAGUACUCUCGCAACAAUUUAUAGCACUCAAUUGGAGUUUUUUUUUUAAUUUAACGAGAAAUUUGAGAUUGAUACGUUGCUUACAUGGUUUUAUAUAUAAUAGUGGCAGAACGUGUUUUUGGGGCGUGCAUAGAUAAGAUAUCUAGAUAACCAACGCACUAUUCGUUUUUUACCCCACCCGUCUAGGGCGCCCUCUACGCGCAGUGUCGUUAUUUAAUAGCCAGACCCCGUAUUUGGAGAAUUUAAACUUACUGUAAAUAAUAAAUAAAUAAAAUAUUGUUUUUAGUUCAAACACAUAAAAAUGUUUGAGAUUGUUUGUUCUUAUGAAUCGUAAACGCUUUUGCAUAAUUAUAUUUCUACUAGUUUGUUCAAAUUAAAUGGUUUUAAAAAAAUAUAUACGAGGGUGAAUCAAAUAUAAACAAGACUUAUUUUUUAAAAUAUUUAUUUUGAUUUUAAACGCACAAACAAUCAUAGUUUAUUUUUCUACAUAAUCUCCUGAUUUAGAAACACAUUUUUCCCAGCGUAUAGGUAAUUUUUUAAUUCCUUCCAGGUAAAAAGAGUCAGGUCGUGUUUGUAGCCAAUUGCGCACAUAUGCUUCAACCUCAUUAUCGCUGUGGAAUUUUUGCCCUCCCAAAGCUUCCUUGAGAGGACCAAAGACAUGGAAGUCGCAGGGAGACAGGUCUGGACUGUAUGGAGGGUGUUCCAGUGUCUCCCAACCCAGUUGCUCCAAUUUUUGUACUGUCAGGGCUGCCGUAUGGGGGCGAGCAUUGUCAUGGAGGAGAAUCACUUUUCUCAUUGGAAGGUGUCGUCUUUUGCGGCGAUAUGCAAGUCUGACCUCAGUCAAAAUUUUGCAGUAGUACGCCGCAUUAAUUGUUGCGCUCAUGCAAAAAAUCAAGGUGCAGCAGGCCACACUGGUCAAAAAAAACGGUAGCCAAAACCUUGCCAGCCGAUAAUCGUGACUUGGCUUUCACUGGUCCGGUUUCUCCUCCAUACUCGCUUGUUUCGACUCAGGGGUGUAGUGAUGCACCCACGUUUCAUCACAGGUGACAAUGUGAGAAAGAAAUGAGUCUCCUUCUUCCCGAAAUCGAGCAAGAAGACGCUCACACACUUGAAAACGAUUCAGUUUCUGGUCAACUGUCAGAAGACGAGGAACCCACCCGGCACACACCUUGCGAUACCCUAGCUCCUCUGAGAGUAUAGAGUAAGUGCUCCCAUAACUUAUUCCAACCUUAAUUGCAAUAUCCGAAGUUGUUAGACGCCUAUCACCUUCAACAAGUUGACGAACACUGUCGAUGUUGCCCGCUGUAAUGCUGGUGCGGGGUCUGCGGUCAUGGCUCUCAUUUUCAACACGUUCACGGCCCUCCACGAACUGUUUAUGCCAAGCAAACACUCUAGCUCGCGACAGCGUCUUUUCCCCGAACUGUGCAGUCAAUCUUCUCAAGAUUUCGGCAGGUUUUACACCUUCUGCAGCUAAAAACUUUAUAACAAUACGUUGCGCAAUAGAGGGAGGUACCUCCUGCUCGGACAUCGUAACGAUGGACACUGAGCGAGUCUAUGAUGAUGAGUCACGUGCUUCCCCCACUCCUGACAAACCAACCUAACAGCCAAUAACAGCGGAACGUUCUUCCACUAUUGCGCGCGCAGGUCCAAAAGUCUCGUUUAUAUUUGAUUCACCCUCGUAAAAUAAUUGUGAGGAAACAACUGAUAAUUUGUAUACGUUAUAUAGUCAAACGUCGAAGCACCGGCGAUACUAGGUUCUAGGUCAACCCUCAAGUCUGACUUGAAGUCUUAGUUUACAACUAAAAAAUGUUGUUCCGGCUUUGACCAAAAAAUCUUCGUCAUAACUAAGGCCCUUAUUAGGCGAGGCAGUCAAGUUGUGUAACUAGUCGCUUAUACGCAAAAA